ACGUCGUAUUGAGGUUUAUUCUUCAUUUAAAACUCGAACCGCUCGCUCGCGUGGCAGAGUCAGUGACGAUGGAGGAGGAGAAACGCCGUCAGAUCUGCAGCAACUGCGACCGUCCAAAACCGAUCUGCAUCUGCCACGUCAUCCCAUCGGAACCAAUCGCGACGAAGACAGAGAUACUCAUCCUCCACCAUCCACACGAGUCACGCCACAAGCUCAACACCACGCCUCUCCUCGUCAAAUCCCUAACCAACAUCACCACAAUCUCCGGCCGCCGCCUCCGCCACCACCACAUCUCCGCCUCUCUCCCUAAACCAUCCCGCACGAUCUACCUCUUCCCGCCGUCUCCUUCCUCCCCCGCAGUCACCUUAUCGGACUUCAAAUCCCAAAACCGGACUACCUCGGAUCCUCCGCCGCCGGUGAGGCUGAUCGUGUUCGACGCGACGUGGAAGCACGCGAAGGAGAUGGUGAAGGCGAGCGAGGAGGUUUUGAGAGAAGCGGGGGCCGUGAGGGUGUGUUUGGACGCGGGGAUAGACGAGUCCGUGAGCGGGGGAAGCAUCUACGAUUCGGAGCUGUUUUUGAGGAUGGAGCCGGUGGGUGGAUGCGUGAGCACGGCGGAGGCGGUUGCACGGUGCCUUGGAGCUUUGGAGGUGGAUGGAGAGGAGAUAGAGAGGAAGCUGAUUAGUGUGUUGAAAGAGAUGGUGAGAUUGCAAUCUGAGUUCUUGAAGCCCAUGAGACCAAGGCCCAAGUUGCUGAAGAAGAGAUUACAGAAUCAGCAAGAGGAAGAAUGAGUUUGGUCCUUUAGAGAUAUUUUUAACACUGGAUUGUUGAUUACAUGAAAGGAUUUUUUUUUGUUCAACAAAACUCAUUACAAACUAAGUGAAGCUGAAUUGUUAUUACAAGUGUUUGGAAGAGUUAUGAUUUAUAUGGAAUAACAUGUUCUUCUAGCAAA